AUGUCGAGAAAUUCUAAUAAUAAAAAUAGUGAUACGGAUAAUAAAUGGAUUCAAUGGAUUAAAGAUGGAAUUUCUAAUGAAUAUAUUAAUCAUCACGAUUAUAGUGAGUUUCAAAAUAUAAAACGCAUAGGUAGUGGAGCGUUUGGUAAUGUUUAUCGAGCUAAUUGGAAGAGUUCAAAUACCGUUGUUGCAUUAAAAUCUUUGACGAACGGUAAUGAUAUCAUGAAAGAAAUUGUUAAUGAGAUAAAAUUAAUGCAUAGAGUUAAUUUUCACACAAAUAUUAUUCAAUUUUUCGGUAUUGCAAGUAAUACAAAUGGCAUGGAAUCAAAUUACUUGUUUAUUCUUGAAUAUGCAGAUAAUGGUACAUUAAAAGAUUAUUUAAAAGAUAAUUUCAAUAAAUUAGAUUGGAAUAUUAAAUUACAAUUUGCAAUUCAAAUUGCUGAUGCUGUCUCAUGUAUACAUCAAAAAGAUAUCGUUCAUAAUGAUCUACAUUCUGAUAAUAUCUUGGUUCAUCAAAAUAUGAUCAAAUUAGCAGACUUUGGUCUUUCACGCAGAGCUGGAGUAUCAAAUUCUGUAAAAGAUGUUUUUGGGAAAAUACCUUAUAUUGAUCCACAACGUCUCGAUAAUCAAACAAACAACAAUGGUAAGAAAUCAGAUGUGUACAGUGCUGGAGUACUCAUAUGGGAAAUAUCAUCUGGACGACAACCAUUUGAAUCUUAUUAUAAUGAUCGUCUUAAAAUGGCAACGCUUUUAUUCGAUAUUAUAAAAGGAAAGAGAGAAAUUCCAAUUGUCGGUACACCAAAUGAUUACAUUAAUAUUUAUACAAGAUGUUGGCAAGAUAAUCCAGAUGAUAGACCUGAUAUGCAUCAAGUAUUUUCUGAUCUGAUUAAUUUGAGCAGGGUAGCACAAAAUUUUGGGGAAUUUAUUCCACUUAUAGAUAAAUUUAUUAAAUUAGGUGAAGAAGUUUUACUUUUAUAUGAAAAAGCAAAACAUAAUAAAGAAUUAUGUGGGUUUCUUUUAAAUAGGUGUAAUUGUGCUAUGGCCGCUGUAAGAGAUUUAAAUAUUAGAAAACUUGAAAAUACGGAAUUUUUUUCUAAGGAAGAAAAUUUAAGGUUAUUUAAAGAAUUUAUUAGAUGUAUGGAAAAGAUAAGAAAGUUCGUCUCACGUAUUAGUAAAUUACACAAACUUCUAAAAUAUUUCGCUGCUUCUAAUAUUGAACAAGAUUUUAAUGAUCUUAUAUUAGAAUUUAAUGGAUAUAUGAGAAGCUUAAAUUUUUCUUUUGUUGUACAAUCUAGGGAUGAACUAUUAAAAAUGAGAAAUGAUAUUAGAGAAAUUAAUGAUAUGUUGAUAAAUGUUUGUGGCGCACCUGAUGAUAAACAAGCUCUUAUAGAAUAUUCAAAUAGAAUAGAUCAAUUAACUAUGAAAAAUGUAAAAUUUCAAACUUCCGCUAGACAUGGUUGUUUUGAUGAACCAAUUAUAAUAGAAGAUGAUGAUGACAAUCCAAGUAAUCAAAUUCAAAAUAUUAUCUCAAUUACGAUCCUUUCCGUUGAUGAUGCAAUUCGUGAACAUAAAGCCGAAAAUGGUAACAAACGAUUAGCGUGGGAAAGUUUCAAGUAUCAUUCAUCGACAAGUCUUGAAGCAAAAUAUUUGUUGGGUUAUUAUUAUUAUCAUGAUUUUCAUGAUAAGGAAAUUCCCGAAUUACAACAGAUUGAUAAAAAAGUAAGGAAUAAGGCCGCAGCGGAAUUAUUUAAAGAAACUGCGGAUAAAGGAAAUCCUUCCGCUCAAUUAAUGUAUGGAUUGUGUUUAUGGCAAGGUGAUGGUGUUAAUGCAAAUUCUUUUGAAGCUCUUAGAUAUUUAAAAAAAGCAGCAAGUUCAGGAAAUUCUGCUGCGAUGUAUAUUACUGGAAAAGUUUAUUUGAAUGGUGGUAAUGGUAUUAUAAAAGAUAAAAAUCAAGGUGCUGAAUAUUUAAAAAGGGCUGCAUUAAAAAAUCAUGCUAAAGCUAAAGAAAUGUGUAUCGAAAAUAAUAUUAAUUACAAUAUAUGA